CCGACCCCGGAAUGAGCGCGGGCAGCAGGUGCGGCGGCGCGGAGGCUGCACUGCUGAGCCAAUCGGAUGCUGAGCAUUAAUCGAAACAGCCAAUGGGUGGUGCGAAGGCAGUUGAAAGGCUGCCGGCAGUUAGUACGCACUGGCUCUGCUCUCUGAGGUGAGGUAGUUGUGGCCUCGUUGGCCCUCUGUGUGACCCCGAACGAGUCUGACCCUCUUCUUUUUGGGUGCUGCUGUCCGCUCAGCGCUCGGAGCUACUGGUAGCUUUUGAGACUUUCCAGAGUGGCCUUAUCACCCGAAGAUGGCAACACUAAUCUUUAUUGAUAAGGAGAACGGUGAAGUUGGGCCUACUAAGAAUCAGCUAAGACUUCCUUCAGGAUCUUCCAAAGUCUUAUCUGAAAGAACACAAAUUAAUACUCCACUUCCUAAAAAGAAAACCAGCCCUUCUCCAGCCAUAUCUCACUCUGUCAGAAAGGCUCUUGGGAAUGUGAAUAGAACUGAAGUCACAAUGAAGAUGGAGAAGAUAAGUCAGAAACCUCAGCACUGCACUGCAAACAAAACUUCUGAAAAGACUGCAGGAUCAGAGAGCUGUGAUGCAGUGGCUGAAGAAGAAUGGCCAGAAAUAGAAAACAUGUUUUCAUUUGAUCCUCGAGACUUUGAGAGUUUUGAUCUUCCUGAAGAGCACAAAAUAAGCAAUAUCAACCUGUGUGGUGUUCCCCUCAUGGUAUUUGAAAGGACGUAUGACAGAUGUGUGAACAUGGUUCCUUCACCUGUGAAGAUGGAAGAGAUUUCCUGGGAGUCUAACUUGCUACAAUCAACUGCUGACUUUCUUGCUACCCUGGAUGAGAUCAUUGACAUGCCAUCUCCGAAUUAUGCCAUUUAAUGCAUAUUCUGAAGUUUCUACUGAGUUCAAAUUUCCUGUAGUUUUGUGUUUUA